AUGGGCCUGCGGCUGGAUCGGGUCAGAAAUGAAGACGUCAGGACGGCUAUGCAAACAAUCCCAGUUCAACCGAAGAUGAGAGAGCAGCGCCUGCGAUGUUUAGGGCACGUGCUAGGAGAAUCACAGAGCCUUCCCACAACGGAGGCAAUGGAGAUCGAGGCUUGGGGUAAGCGACCACGAGGAGCUCUAAAGAAGAGAUGGCUGGACGUGAUCAAGAAGGACCUCGCCAAAAACGGGGUGACGGCAAAAAAUGCCGUAGAUAGAAUGAAAUUAGACGGCUGA